AGUUGGUAGAGGUGAGUGAGUCAGUUAGCCGCAGUUAGCCGCUGGAUAUCGUCCGAGUAGCGCGUCGACGCUCCAUCCUGGUGUACUUGCCUUGGUGCACUUGUGGCGUCUUCGCCGAUCACGCGCUCGCGUGAUGCGCGCCACGGUAAUCGAUCCAUCGAUCCUAACAACUCAACAACCGAUAACUUCGACGCUCUAAAUUCGAGGGAUUCCGAACACAUGCCCGAAUUUUGGAAAUCCAUUCAGUCGGCGGUCUGUCCUGACGACGAACACGCCGGGUCAGGGAGAUCUUGAGAGACUCUCUGCACGUGGCCGACUAACCGUCUCGGAUAACUUGCCGAGAUUAAAUCGAUUUAAGUAACAGCGUUCGGGAGAAUCGAUCGCGUUCGGGAUGUUACCACGCGACCUACUGACUAUCGCGAUGAUGACGACAGGUCUCGUCGUCGCUGUCACCAGCGGUGCACCUACAAAUUCGGAUGCAGAGGAUUACGAGAUGCUCGCUGACAAAGACGCGCAAUCUACCGAUAAAGAUUCCUCUAAUGCGGGAGAAGUAAGAUGCUAUUGCAAUCAACCAGAAUGCGUUCCUCAGGGAUACAUGUGUCGCGGUAGGAGUUGCUUUACAAAAUUACCAUCGAACGCAAAUGCGUCACUUUCGAGAGCGGAGCACACUGCUCACAGCGGUUGCCUCGAUGAAAAUUUGAAAAAUCGUCAGUGCCCCACAGGAUUUCUCUGCUGCGAUCAAGAUCUCUGCAAUCAUGUGGACAGCCCCGCGAUGAGGAACAGGCUCAACAAGACUCUACGAGUAUUGAUCGAUGAUCAACGACCGUACUUGGCUCCAUUGCAUCCAAACAGUCGCGGAAAUCAGGCGAUUGACGGAUGGUUCCCGACGGCGACGAUCGUCGUGGCUAUCUGUGGAUUCAUCGUCCUGCUAAUGAUCGCCAGCCUAGCUGUCAGAUGGCUUCAGCCUAUGCCGGCACAAAACGCAACUAAAUUCGUGCCACAUCGAACAUCUAAUAAUGGGCCACCCUUACUUGGACCACCGAAAGUGCCUCUGAUUUAAGAAAUUUCAUGACAAAGUUUCCCAAUAAGAGGUGUUCUAAGUAAUAGUUUAAUUAAUAGAGCUGGCUGCGCUAGUUUUGAUACAUGACUCGCAAAACCGGAGUUGUGCCAUACACAUACAUUUGUGUAGCAAAGUAUUUGUAUACCGAGUACUUGUAUGUUAAUAUUAUUGAGGAUAAUUAAGUAUAUAGACCGGGGAUACGAUUUCUCUUUUUACAACGAAUAAUGCUAUUCCAAUUUAACUUUGUUUCAACUUUCUUGAUUUUUUUACAAUGUGCAUAUGAGAAAUAUAGCCUGUGUGUGUGUGUGUGUGUGUGUGUGUGUGUGUAUGCAAGUUUGCAAGAUUCCACAGAGUCAUGUACCAAAUAAACGGCUGUUUAGAAAGCUAGCGGGCCGUCGAAGGCUCCACUUGGCUGUGAAUUCUACGAAGAAAGCAACUACUGUAAAUUAUAUCUCAUAAUGAUAAUGUAUUACUCGUUGCAUUUCCUCGAAACGUCGACACGACACGCAUGUCGACAUCGCGAGAUCAAAGAGUGAGAAUGGAUCAAGAUUUUUCGAUCCUUUAAACAUGACGUUACGACGACACAAAGUAUAUGAUACGUUUCUGUGUCACUAUAAGAUUGUAAAUAUAUUAUAGAAUGUAUUUUUUAUCAUCUUGAAUGAUACAUUAAAUUUGAUGAUAUUAUCGAGUUAUAAUGAUGCGAGAACGUUCUUUAACGUUGCAACUAUUGAACUCUGUUCCCUAAAAAUAUUAGUACGUAAUUUUAAUUCACGAAUAUUACACGCCAAUAAAAAGUGAGGGAAAAUUAUAUAUUUCAUAAUAAUUUAUAAGAAAAUUCAAUAGAAAGUAAAUUUGUGUAAGCGACAUAAAAUUUUUCGUUCAAGUCGCCGUUGCGACUUCGGUCACAGCCAAUUUGUGAAUAUUUUAUCUUUUCUUUAUAUAUUUUUUAAGCGUAUUUCAUAUAAACACUGUAUUGUGAUAGUACGACAUAAUAAUGACUAAAUAAAUAUGUACAGUAUGCCUGCCUAAACUUUAUUUUAUACAUGUUACUUGUGAGAAAUGGAAAGAAAAGUAAAGUAUAUUUUAAGUGUCUUUUCAUUGCAUCUUGUCUGUAUUUAUUUGUUGCUUUUCAUCGAUAACAUACACGUACCAUAUUGGUAUCCGGUAUAUAGGGAGGAUACGUCAUUACUCUAUAAAAUAGGUUUUCAUAUGAUUCACUCAGCUCAAAAAAAGAUUUCGUGCUGCAUUGAAAUUUCAAUCAUAAAACGCGCAUAUAAUAUAAAUGUUUUGGCAUCACAGUUUAAAAACCGUUCAAUUUCAUUAUACAUACAAACACACACGCACGCACGCACGCACGCACGCGCGCACAC